AGGAAACCAACAGACCAGUGAACUGAAACAACUACCGACUUAGCACUGCCACACGAAGGAAGGCCAGGAUGGAGUCUCAGGUGUGUGUGUGUUGAUCCUGCUCUGUGGGGACCAGGUGUUGUCCUUGUGAGGACCGACCAUAUGACUUUGUAGGGACCAUUUGGCAGGAGCCUCAUUUCGAGGGUGAAGACUUGACUGUGUGUGUGUGUGUGUUGUGAAGUGCUCUUUUCUAUUUCUCUUGAUAACAAAGACUUUUACACUCGAGAGCUUUGGUUCCCAACCUUUUUUGGCUCGUGACCCCAUUUUGACGCCACACAUUUCUGGGGACAAACGUGGAGAUUGAUUCACACUCAAACAAGGAACAGCAAUGACCAGCAUCUUAGACUGGCCACAACGAAGAUGAGAACCAACCAGAGUGUGGCGGUGCUUCUGCUUCUGCUUCAGCGCGUGAGGUCUGGUACGUAUUCGCUCGUCUCUCUCAACUCACCGCACCUGGCUGCGCCACAGGCGGAGCGCAGCUCACCUCUGACCUCACAUCCAGUCGGGAGCGCUCCUUCCACUUCAUCCACUCAAGUGCGCUCAAUCCAGCCUCACACCAGCACCAGCCAGGGCGCACGCUGAGCUCUCAGGAGCUCUUGAAUUCCUCCGCUGCCGCACGCGACUCGAAUCCCUGCUGAGGUACCAAGGUUCCACCGGCCGCUCAACAGCGGUGGCGGGCAGCCCCACGGCGCUGACACAUCCGCCACCUCUGGCAAAUAAGAGGCCACCUGCUCGUGCAGGCGGCGGCACGUCACCUUUGGAGCACUUGUCGAUGCAGUCGUCUCUUCAAAACUGACUCAUCCGGGGGAAGUUUGCCUUUGAAACGGGAGCCUCCCCAGAGUCCAUCGAGGCUCGCGCUCGCCUGCUGCAUGACCUUCUUGUGUGUCCGCUGCAUGCUUGGGUCAAGUUCGUGUAGUUACACAUGCAAGGAGGCACAUUUCCUGCUGGUCACUCACGACAACACCAGCUUUGUUUCACCCCCAUGGAACCGCAGAGCAGCGUUGGCUUCUCAUCUUAGAAGCCACUGCAACACGCCCAGGAUGCGGCUUGGCGUGGUUCACCUUGGUUCCCACCUGCUGCAGUAUGUCGGCGAUGGGCGCACUCACUUCUUCAGAUGGCAGUUGUUCACGAUGAAUCAUGCAGUGAUUCCACAUCGCAGAUGUUUUCUCCACAUCAUCGUGAAGGACAUCAUAGGUUGCUGGGCCGGUCUGGGGUUCAGGAAGAGGGAGGCAACACGGACCGUCCUGGUGAAUGGCAUUCUCCUGCACCUAAGGAACAAACGCUCUCUGACUCUCAAGUCUGACUCCCAACUGACUCUCACGGGCUCUGACUCCUGAGGUCUCUGACUCUCAAGUCUGACUUCCAAAUGACUCUCACGCUCUCUGACUCUCGAGGUCUCUGACUCUCAAGUCUGACUUCCAAAUGACUCUCACGGGUUCUGACUCCCGAGGUCUCUGACUCCCAACUGACUCUCACGGGCUCUCGAGGCCUCUGACUCACAGCCGAAUCUAAACUCUUGCCACGCCGCCGGAGGCUCCGCCUCUCAGAUGUUCCCACAGCCCUUGGAUGCAGCCGCGCUCCCAGCAUGCUAGCGCCCCCUCCUGGAGAACAGUCCCGUCUGCGUCUUCCUGCUCGCUUCCACGCCGCACCAGCAGUAACAGCCUUCAUCCAGCAGAUGGCGCGCUGCGCCAAGACUCCGGCGGCGGCAGGUGCUCGGACACUUCGGCUGUUUCCGUCACUGCUCGGCUCUGGAGCUCCGUGUGGGAAUGCGGCUGCUGGAGCAGCGCGCACUCGCUCGGCAGCUCUCGGCAGCGCGAGCCCGGAUUCGCUCGCCCCUGGCACGAGGAGGGAGACCCCGGCGGUCCGGAGUGUCGCGCGCGCGUUUGGACCCGCAGGCGGAGCCGAGGAUUCCCCGCAGCACCAUGGAGCCUCGCGCCGCAGCCCGCCGCCAGAGCUGACGCGAGGACGGGACGAGCGCGCUGUGGGGACCGCGAGACCAGCGGCAUCAUGUUCUACGGCUCCUCGUCCGGGGCCUCCAUGUCUCUGCCGUCCAAGAGCCGCCUGAAGCGGCAGAGCCGGACCUUCACCCAGGUUCUGUACCGCACGCUGAGCUACAGGGACCGGGUCCCCGCGGAGGCCGGCACCAACACUCGCGGGGACCGGCGCUCCACCACAGAGCCUCCGGAGCGACCCGCCGACGACCCGGCAGAACUGUCCACGCAGAGCUCGGCGCCCGGGGUGCUGAAGAUCUUCGGCGACGAGAUCUGCGCCGGCGCCAACUACAAGAGCGUCCUGGCCACGCCGCGCUCCAGCGCCCAGGAGCUGGUCAAGGAGGCGCUGGAGCGCUACUCCCUCAACAAGGACGCCGCCCACUGUUACGUGCUGUGUGACGUCAUCGGGCGGCUGCAGGGAGACGGCGGCUGGAGGACCGAGUGUCUGCGGGCGCUCGGCGACAACGAGAAGCCGCUGCUGCUGCAGGAGCUGUGGAAGCCUCGCGAGGGACACGCGCGGCGCUUCGAGCUGCGGCGCCGAGCCGCGGUGGAGGAGCUCGGCGCCAAGGACAAGGACACCAUCACGGCAGGGACCAAACCCAGCCACUUCCUGGCGGCUCUCAUGGGUCGAUCUGGACUUGGCAAACUCAGGAGCUCCCCCCUGCGGUCCAGCCGGGCUCAGUCCAGCUCCAAAGAUAUCAACGCUCAGGCCCGUAAGCUGCAGAGGAACCGAGCAAAGGGGACCCUGACCCUGCCACGCUCCAGCAACUCCUCCUUCUGUCGCAGCCUGAGUGAGACCAGCCUGAACCAGCUGUCUCUGGGAGAGGAGCCCAAGCGCUACUACUCGACUCUCCCGGGUCCUCUGAGAGGUCGCGACGUGUCCAGCAGCCGGAGGAAGGAGGACGGCGGUCAGGGCGGAGUCAAGCACUCACUGUACCAGUCGCCUCACCUGCUGCUGCUGCAGGGCUACAACCAGCAGGACUGCCUGGUCUACCUGCUGAACCGCGAGCAGCACACGGUGGGGCAGGAGACGCCCUCGGCCCGACCCAACAUCUGCCUCUUCUCCCCCGACAUCCUGCCGCUGCACUGCCGCCUGCGCCGCGUGGCCGCCUCCCACCGGGGCGGCGCCAGCGUGGCGGUGGAGCCGGUCCUCAACGGCUCGGUGCUGGUCAACUUCUCGCGCUGCGAACGCUCCACCGGCCUGCGUCACGGCGACCUGCUGUCCUUCGGCGCGCACUACAUCUUCCUGUACAAGGACCCGGCAGGCGCCAAGCCGCUGCCUGCGCAGACGCUGGCCCGCCUGCGCAGCCUGGGCCAGCUGCAGGAGGCGCCUGCGGGCGAGGAGGGCGAGAGCUGCAGGGCCUGUGGCUCGCUGCUGAGGGAGCGAGCGGCGCCGCCCGCCGCGCCCGGUGCCCGCCGGGGCUUCAAGCCCCACCUGGUCAAGCCUCGCGGCGCGGGCACCUCCGCGGCGGAGCGAGGGGGCGGAGCUCAGAAGAGGCGGCUGCAGCUGGAGUUCGAGCAGAGUCACGAGGACCAGCUGCUCGCCCGGAUCAUCUCGCUCAUCGAGCCCGGAGGUGGGUGUUGGGAGUGGCUCCCUGUCGGCGCUCACGCCCUGGCUCUGGCUCGCUCGCUCUCGCCCCCUGCAGGUGACGACCACAAGCUGACGCCGGCGUAUCUGCUGUGCCUGUGCAUCCAGCACUCGGCCGCCACCUUCCAGCCGGGCAGCUUCGGCAAGCUGCUGCUGAAGAUGGUCCGGCGGAUCCAGAGCAUGGCGUGGGUGAGUGGCGCGGCCCGGGUCACGCGGGCGACGCGGCUCCUGGAAGUCCUGUGCUCUGUGUGUGUGUCGCAGGAGAAGACCAAGGACCUGGCGCAGAAGCAGGCGCAGCACCAGGACCCGGCCUCGCUCUCUUUGCUCAGCAUCUCCGAUUUGGUCCCGGACCUGCAGACCAUUUUCUUCUGGAUGUCCAACUCCAUCGAGAUUCUCUACUUCAUCCAGCAGAGAGCGCCGACCUACACACACAGCCUGGAGGUCAUGCAAGGAUCCAAGGAGUCGCUGCUGUCGGCGACCAUCUCGGCCAGCGAGGAGGCCAUGGCCGUGCUGGAGGAGGUCAUCAUGUACACCUUCCAGCAGUGCGUCUACUACAUCACCAAGGCCCUCUACGUGGUGCUGCCCGGCCUGCUGGACUGCAACCCCUUCCCGGGGGACGGCGGCGAGCCCUGCUGGAGGGGAGGGGCCGGCCUCCCGGAGCCGGUGCGGCGGGUGCUGCAGGUGAGGCGGCGGCGAGGAGGGCGCCGCGUUGCCGUGGUAACGGCGUCUGGCUGCGUGCGCCCGCAGGUCUUCCAGAUGGCCCAGGAGCUCUUGCAGGGGUACCAGGUCCACCCGGAGAUCCAGGCCCAGAUGUUCGCCUACCUCUUCUUCUUCUCCAACGUGUCGCUCUUCAACCAGCUGAUGGACAAAGGUCCGUCCCGCGGCUGGUUCCAGCGCUCCAGAGUCCUCCAGAUCCAGGCGUGUGUGCGGAUGGUGCUGGAGUGGUCCGGCAGGUCCAGUCUGGGUCACCUGGCCGACAAGUUCUUCGUCAAGCUCAACAGCGCCGUGGCCAUCCUGGCCACGCCCACUCAGCAGCUGACUCAGAUGAGCUGGCGGCUGCUGUCCAGCGAGCAUCCCAGUCUCAAGCCCGUCCAGCUGCACCGCAUCCUCAGCCAGUGCCAGCUGACGCUGGAGCUCGGCGCCGUGCCGCUCUGGAAGCCCAGCGCCGAGGACGAGGCCUACGUCUACAGGACCGUGGACCUGCUGGAAAGCUUCGAGAACCACCCCCCCAUCGUGCUGCCCAGCUCCGGCUUCACAGUGGACCUGGACGCCGAGUGUGUGGACGACAACAUCUACCGGCAGCUGCUCUACGUCAGACACUUCCUGUGGGGGCUGCGCAGCAAGACGCCCGCCGGCCCCGCCCCCUGCGGCCCAGGCCCCGCCCCCGCCCUGGUGAACGGCAGCAACGCAGCUGAGCAGCAGGAAGGCCAGAGGGAGCCCCACGGCAGCCCUGGCUCCGGGGCCUCGUGUGGGGACGAGGCCGAGCUGGCGGAGGAGAAGGGACGGGAGCGAGGGGCGGGGCUGAGGAGGAACGGGAGCCUCCCCCACCCGAGGACCGCAGAGCUGGUCUGCCCAGAGGGGGGCGCAGGGGGGCCCACCAAGACCCCCAACGGCUGCGGCAGGAGCCCAGCAGACUGCAAGAAGACCAAUGGACUCAUGGGUAACGGACUGGAAGGGUGUGUUAGUGGCCCUGAGUUCCCCUUCCUCCUCUGCCCCCCCGGAGACCCCAACCUGCCUGACCACCUUUGUAUGGUGUUUGUAGUGGAGCUGGACAAGGGACCGUACGGACUGGGCAUGGGCCUGAUCGACGGCCUGCACACGCCCCUCAACGCGCCUGGGAUCUACAUCCGGACUCUGAUCCCCGAAGGCCCGGCCGCCUGCGACGGACGGCUUCGGAUCGGGGACCGGAUCCUGGCGGUGAACGGAACCAGCCUGAUCGGGGCGGACUACCAGAGCGCCGUGGACCUGAUCCGUCUGGGAGGAGGUCGGCUCCGCUUCCUCGUGGCCAAGUCGGACCCGGAGGUGUCGGACAAGAUCAGUGCCUCGUCCUGCUGACGGCGGCGCCGCGGCUCCCAGUAAUAAAGCUCUGAAGCGACGGCUCGUGUUUCUGAGGUUCACCAUCCGUCCGGCGGCACCGGGCGAGUCAUGUGACUCGGCAGGUCAGGUGACCUUCUCGGGUCACAUGACAACAGCGAGAGACACAGAGCAAAAAGUGUCUCAGGGAGAUGAGCGGCACCUGAACGCACCGCCAGACACGCACACCCAUGUUUGUACUGCUGUCCCUGUGGGGACACGGGGAGGUUCCUGCUGGACAUCACCCUUUCCCCGGCCUCUCCGCCUGAGCCAGGACUCUGGACCAGGACUCCGGAACCCACUUCAUCCUCACACACCGGCGAGACACAAGGAGGACAGCGUUUUGUCAAGAACAGGUCCCCACAAGCCCAGACACACACAGACAGAGCAGGGUCAAAGGUCGAGGAGGAUUUAAUGAAGCUGGAGUCCUGGCUGCAGGUGACACGUAGCAAAAUCGUCUUUGUCCAGAAAAUCACCAAAAAUAUUGUUACAAAUACAUUCAUCGAUCACCGGUGGGGUCAG